AUUUUGAACUCUUUUGUCCUCUUCGUUCUGUUGAUUUAUUCCACCCUUCUUUAGGAUACACUUUAGUUUUGGAGUUUAAUGUUUUCUGAUGAAGAUCUCAUAUUUAACAAGUGAUAUAGUUGAAAUAAAUAGUAAUGUAACUAGAAUAAUUUACACAGCUCAAGGACAAUUCUUAUACAAUGGACAUGUGUGUUUAAACUUCUGUUGAACCAGAUAAAAUAUAAGAAAAAAUAAUCAUUUAUAAGGUACAAUUAACUGGUGUGUAAAGUAAUUUGUUGAAGUUUUUUCUUAUUCAUUUUUUUUAAUUUUAUUUUUAAUUUAUGUAUAAACUGGUUUUUAGUAAACAGAAAAGUUUAUUUUGAUUUUUUUUUAAAAAUACUUUCAGAAAUUUAUUCUAAGAUGCCCAAAGAAAAUAGUCACGUAUCUUCAUUUUUUUUUUUGCAAACUCCUUAUACCCUGAGAGUAUGAGAUAUCCACUUCGCAGCAUAAAAACAUAUAUGAGAGAUUCUACAUUCACCAGUUAUAUUAGUAAAAUAAUUUGUUUAGUGGGAGAGAAGAGUCGUGUCAUAGAUAACUAGUAAUAGCAGCAGUGUUGAGAUGGUGGGGAUGACCGUGCUGUAUGAUGUUAACACGUGUUUGUGUGCUUUUGUGGUAUGUUGAAAAUAACGAAGAGGAUCUUGAGGUUAAUUAACCAAGAGAAGAGGAGUGAAGAAGGAGAAGAUGGCUGAGAUGACGAAGAAUCAACCGUCACACUGGUGGUGGCUUGAUAGCCACACCACUACUAAACGAUCCCCAUGGCUUCAAUCCACUCUCUCUGAACUUAAUGAGAAGACAACGGCAAUGUUAAAAUUAAUUGAAGAAGAUGCAGAUUCCUUUGCCAAACGUGCAGAGAUGUAUUACAAGAAAAGACCAGAGCUUGUGAGAAUGGUUGAGGAUUUCUACAGGUCUCACCGUUCCCUAGCUGAGCGCUAUGAUCAAGUCAAACCUGAUACUUAUUCUGGGGGGUCACCUUUUGCUUCAGCCAAGUAUCAGUUUGAGAAGUUGACGACUUUUUCAGAUAAUGGAUUUGAUACCUAUUCUCAUUCUGAGCAUUGUGAUGCAUACGAGUCAGAGGAAUCUGAAGUUGAUGAUCCUGAGCAUGAGGAGGAAGAGGGUACCAAGUUUCUUCACAACUGCACAAAAGAGGACCAUGUUUCGUUUGUGGCUGAGAGCGAUGAUGAAGUGAUGAAGCUGAGGGAUGAAAUCAAGAAACUCAAUGAAGAGAACAUGGCUCAUAGGGAUCAAAUCAAGCAGAAGGAUACCAUUUGCGAUGAAGUGAUGAUGCUGAGGGAAGAAAUGGAAAGGCUUAGAGAUGAGAACGAGGCACAGAAGGAACAACUGAAGCAGAAGGAUGAAGAGAAGAUAGAGGUGAUAAGACAGCUGAGUUUAGCAAUAGAUGUGCUGAAGCAGGAGAAUGUGAAGAUGAAAAACUUCAUUGCUAAGGAGUCCUUCAAGAAAUGGAAGAACCCAUUUGAGAUCAACAAAAUUGUGGGAGCAUUUUCGAUGAAGUUGUUCAAUGGUACUUCAAAGAAUCAGCCCAGCGUUGAGCUCUCUAGAUGUGGUUUACAAAUUUAGAAUAUUUCGUAGCGUAAUUAUGUACAAGUACAACAAUCUUAUAAAUAUGUUUAUUUUUGUUUUAGGAACGUGUUACUCAAAUAUCCUAGGCUUAAAAUCUUUAUGUAUUAUGUUUUGGUCUUAACUACUAGAGUAAGUACUAGUCAUAUUCGUUAUAUUUUUUGAA